CAGGCGGUGGUCAGGACUGGCGGGGUCCCCGCGCCCGCGCAGCUGCCGAGCCCCUCCGCGCCGAGAGCCGGGCGGAGGAAGAUGGGCCCCGCUUCCCCGAGGCGGGCGAUCCGGGCGACGGCCGCCGCCAAGAGCUGCCUGCCCGCUCCGGGAUGCCGGCAGUGAGCGGUAACUGAAGGGAAAGGACAGCUCAAGCAACAGAAAAGCACCAAGGAUCUUUCCUGGAAGACACUAUGGAGAAUAUCCACGAACUUCAACAUCCGCUGUUGGGAAACCCGCCUGGCAAAACCCUCCUCCCUGGUGGGAUGCUAAGCUGGCCAGGUCCCCAGGACCACUCAGGAUUGCUGUCCCACCACAUGCCAUCGAACCUCUCCUGGCUUCCUGCUGGCACCGCUCUUCUUCCCAACCAGCUCCUGGAUCCCUGCAGCUUGUCGAGGACGGUCCAGUCCUCAAACGUCCCAGAGCCAAAGCUGUACCCAGAGCUGUGGAAACCCAGCCACUCCCAAGGCUGGAACAAGAAAGAUUACAUCGAAACGGCCUUCGGGGAAGGCAAAGCGGCUGGCGAGCUGCUGCGCAAGAUCGCCCUGGAGACGGAUAUUCACACGGUCUGCUACGAGGUGGGGGACAUGGAGCUGCCAGAGGUUGAGAACGACUCCUCAAGUGACAGCGACACAGAGAGCGAAAACAGUUUCUCCAUGCUGCAGCCUCAAGAUUAUCUGGGCCUGGCUGUUUUCUCGAUGCUAUGCUGCUUUUGGCCGCUAGGCAUUGCUGCGUUCUACCUGUCACAAAAGACCAAUAAAGCAUCCACCAUGGGAGAUUAUCCCAGAGCAUGGACAGCCUCCCGUCAAACUUUUGCCCUGGCUGUCUUGUCCAUCGUUCUUGGCAUCUGCACCUACAUGGGCGCGGUGGUGGCCCUCAUCACCUAUCUCUCCAACAAGGCCCCCACCUAAGACUUUCCCUCCCGUCAAGAGCCAGUCUUCGCCCCAUUCCUUGCCUCACCAUGGAGUAGGAAAGGGAGGGGGAAGGCAGAAUGCAGACAUUACAACAUUAAGACAUGUUCCCAUACCCUGGUUUUGAUAAGAAGGAAAGUGUUCAGUUCAAACCAACCAUUUCUUGGACCAAAGAGGAAACAGUGGCA